GCACAGCCGCGGGAGGCGCUGAGGCGCAGCCAGCCCGGACCCCGGCGGACAGCGGGAGGGCGGGGGAGUAUAGCGGUGCGGCCCGGGCGGCGGCGGCCCGGAUUGGGAUCGGGAUCGGGAUCGGGAUGCUGGCGGCGCUACCGGACGGCGAUGAGCGGGAGCUGGAGAGCAGCGAGGAGGGCGGCGGCGGCGCGGGAGACGAGCGGCGGCCGGAGAGGCACGGCAGCACCUACCACAGCCUCUACGGGUACCGGAGCCGCAGGUCCUCGCGGCGGGGAGCGGAUGGCGGCGCGGCGCCUGGGAGCCCCCCCGGCCGGGACUUCAGCCUCUCUUUGCUGGACACAAACUUACCAGCUGAAGCAGAAACCGAACUGCGUAGUUUCAUUGCUAAACGUCUGGCUAAAGGAGCUGUUUUUGAAGGGAUGGGGAAUGUAGCAACUGUGGAUUUGAGUAUACCAGAAUGUAAAGUCGGUUGUUAUUACUGUCUUUUCCAACAAGAAAAUCUUCAAGAAACGUCAACACUGGAAUCGGAUAUCAGUGCUCCAGAAUAUGUAGUUUGUUUCCUAGGUGGCUCAGAGAAAGGUCUGGAACUUUUCAGACUUGAAUUGGACAAAUACAUUCAAAGUCUGAAGCUAAACAUUAACUUGGAGCAGAAAACAUUGGAGACUUGUGUUAACCCCUACUUAAGAAGCUGGUUUGAGAAUUCCAUAUGCCCAAUUCAGAGAGUAGUACAGCUCUUCCAGGAGAAACUGGCUUUCUUGUUACAUGCUGCAUUGAGUUAUACUCCUGUGGAAGUAAGAAAUGCAGAUGAAAGAACAGAAAAAGACAUUAGCAGGUUUCUGGCAGCUGCCAGCCUCCAAGGCCUUGUUCAGGAAGGCACAAUGACCUCCUUGUGCAUUGCCAUGACUGAGGAACAGCACAAAUCAAUGGUUGUAGACUGUAUUGGAGCCCAGCCUCAGCUGCACAAUGCAGGAAGCAACAGAUUCUGUGAGGACUGGAUGCAUGCUUUUGUAAAUGGUGCUGAAGGUGGAAAUCCUUUUCUCUUCCGGCAAAUUUUGGAAAACUUUAAAUUGAAGGCUAUACAAGACAUUAACAACCUGAAGAGGUUUAUUCGACAGGCUGAAAUGAACCACUACACCUUGUUCAAGUGUUACAUGUUUUUAAAGAACUGUGGCAGUGGAGACAUCCUUUUGAAGAUUGUUAAAGUAGAACAUGCAGAAAUGCCAGAAGCCAGAAAUGUUGUGACUGUCCUUGAGGAAUUCAUGAGAGAAACAGCAGUGGCUUAAAAUUAUCUUAAUUAUUCUACACUUGUUGGAGGGUAUUGUAUAAAUCAUUAAUUUCUUCUGUGCAGCUUAGUUCCACUGUUGCAGAAAUUUUAUUUUUAAAAGCAUUACCUAAGUCAAACCUAAGUUGCAAUUUCAGCUACUUUUCUCCCCUUGUUUUUUUAGAGAGAAAGCAGGAGAGCUUUUUUUAAUGUGUAAAUAUCAGAUCUUAAAAAAAAAUGCAUAUUUUUCAAUGCUUAACAGAUUCUCCCAAUGACUUGUUCAUUUUGUGAGAAAAUAAUGACAUUUGUUUGUGUUAGGUUUUUUUUAGCAUUGGCAUGAAAAAGAGAUGUCUCUUAGCUCACAAGCAUUUUGGUAUUUUAAAUAUUUUAAAUAUAUUUAAAAUUAUCGUGUCUAAUAAUUAAGAUCCAGUUACUUGUGUUUCAGUAGAAAAGAAGCACAAACAUUUAGACAAAUCCUAGUAAAUGAGUUCAUCUUUGUUCAUGCAAGAGAACAUAAAUAACAAGUCUGGAGCUUGGAUUUGAAGUAUUCUUUCAAAUCAGCAGUUUGUUUUUCUGUUAUUGAAGAAACAGCUUUUUUAUUGACAGGAGACAGACUGAACAGGGUUUUAGGACUCAUUUUGUAUGUGCUUCUGUCUGUGCAUACAUAUGCUGGUCAGGCAUGUUAAAUUCCCACACUAGAUUUUCAAUCCAAUUCAUUAAUUUAUAUUUUUGUGACCAAGAUCUUCUUUGUACAUUCCUAGUAAUCCCUUUUUUUUUAUAAUUGAAAAUAAUUGUGUGUUUUCCAGUAGUGAAGAAUUAAUCUCAAAGAUUUUCCAGAUCCAGUAUUAACUUCGUAGAAGCUUCUUCAUAAAUUGAAAUAAAUUAUUUGUCCAAAUUAACUAUUCAGAGUUGAAAACAUUUCAUUGUAUUUCAGCAAUGAAUUCUUGUCCACAUCAUAAGACAUUUAGACAGCAGAAUGCUUGAAGAAUGUCUUUGACAGAUGAAACCAAAACUAACCAGGUCUCUGGGUGAGCCUGUAAGUGAGGACUUUCUGCAAUGUGAUAUAAGCAAAACUCCCUACUGCUUUCAAUUGCAGCAGAGGGUGUUUGAAUGCCUAACUUGAUCAAUGACCAUGUACUACUUUAAAACCAAGGUAUUUUUUUAACCUUCAUCUGUAAAACUUUGCUUACUUGUUUGGGCUUCUCCUCUCCAAGGUAACAGUUGCUCAGUAUCAGUCCCACUGAAUUUGUACCCUGUUAUUUGCAGACAAUUGCAGUUAGUGCUUUUUCUGUUGGUGCUGAAUUUUGCUAACAUUGAAGGUGGUUGGUAUUAUGAAAAACGUAACUGCCUGCUUUCUGCAGCCUUUAACAUCAUUUUGCUUUUAUCAGCAUUAUAUGGUGGCUUUGCCAUUCCAGUCACUGGACUCCUAAACUCAGGAUGGUCAGAAACACACACUGAACUACCACCCUGGUAGUGCUAGGUCAUGAGUUUGCAGGUGUCACCGGCAUAUUCCUAUUAAAAAUUCUAUUUUAAAUAGAAAAGAAGAAAUUAAAAGCCUAAUAAAUUAUGCAGAAGCAGCUAGUUUAGUUGGAUAUACAUGCCUGGGAGGUAUGACACACAACUGUCUCCAGCAAUCAACUAUGAAAAGCUGAGGAAGAAGCACACAAAUGUUCAGAAGAUGCUGAGAUGCGCGCUUAAGCUGCAAGCCCGACAGAUUUACACUGGAGUUUAAGGCUCUGAUUUGAAGCCUUUUUGAGGAGUGGGAGGAAAGCAGCAAACCACAGACCUCAGAUAAGAAUGCAAGUUUAGCUUUAUCUGAUGGAGACCUCUUGCAGUUUGGAAGAUCAGGGUCUUUGCUUUUUUUUUUUUUUUUUUAGUUAACUAAAACAUGCAGAAGUUUGCUGCAGAGCUUCCUGGAGAGGUUGUUCUCACCAUUGAUUCAAGAGAUGAGAAUGUAUUUGCUCUGAGAUCUUAAAAUGCUUUCAUUUAAAAGAAGACAACCUUCCAUCCCCAUGAGAAGUUCUAAGCAGGUUGGUCUUGGUCUUCAGCUUCCCCUCCGUUCCGAGGUCACUACUGCUCUAGAGCUUCAGCUGUUACAAGGUAGGACAAGGCAUGUUUGAAUACCAGGCAGCAGCUCUGUGUCCUUGUUUAACACAGAGAAAUAAAGCAACGAUUCACUUUCCCCACAGCUUUAGAGACAUAGAAAUGAAUUAUCAAUGUCAUUAUUAAGAGAUUGCAUUUCAGAGCUCAAAACCAACUGCCCUUUGGUUAAAUACUGUAAUUGUAGACAAACUUACAAAGCUGCCUGUGGAAGUUCUUCCUUCAUUGAUUUUUGGCAUGUGAUGCAAGACAGCUCCAUUUGAUAAAAAACAAAAAAUCCACCAACAAAAAUUUUAAUGGAUUCUGCGCUCAAAUAAUAUUGUUACAACAAAAAUAUACAGAAUGUACACAAUACAAAAAUAUUUGGAAACAUA